GAUAUGUCAAAAUCCUCGUAUGGUUUGCCGGUCAACCAAGGGUCUGACGAUAAACCCUAGGAGGAGGAAUCCGCGUCCAUGGCUUCCUCCUCUCUUCUCCGGCCUCUGUCCGCCGGCGCCCUUCCCCGGCCUGCCCUCCACUUCCGUCCUUCCUCCUUAUCUUCCCGGCCCCAAACCCGCGGCCGCCGUCCUUCGUCUCUCGUCGCCAGGGCGAGAGGAAGGGAAACCCCUGCCUCGCAGCAGUCCAAGAACGCAAAGGAAUCGAACCAGGCCGCCUCCACUUCCGCACCAGGAGGAGGGGACGAGGUGGAGGAGGUGGAGGAGGACCUGCCCUGGAUCCAGGAGAAGGCCCUCGAUCUUGUGGAGUUCACCGGGACUGUGACCCAGGCCAUCCCCGGGCCUCGCGUUGGCCAGAGCCCGCUGCCGUGGCUUCUCGCUGUGCCGCUGGCCUACGUUGGGCUCUCUUUCGUCAUUGCCUUCGUCAAGACCGUUAGGAAGUUCACUUCGCCAAAGGCCAAGCGCAAGAGACUGGUAAAUAAGAAUGCUUUCUUGUUGAAAUCAAUAGACGAGUUGUUUCAGAAGGGGAAGGAUGAAGUGAACCAUUCGGCUCUCAAAGGCCUUAUGCAGAAGACAGAUUUUAGCAUGGAAGAUAUUUUGAGAAAGUACAUCCGGUAUGCAUUGAAUGAAAAACCUUUUAACCCUGACAUGGUCGGGGAUCUCAUACAUCUUAGAAAAGCAUCAAUGUUGGAAGAUGCUCAAGUUGCAGCAGUUUUAAAUGAGGUUUCAAGGCGAAUUGUCAAGGAGAAAGGGCCGGUAGUUAUGGACAUGUCGGGAUUUACAGAAAAGGGUCUUAAGAGAAAGGUUGCUGUGCAAGCCCUAUUUGGGAAGAUCCUAUACCUAUCUGAGCUUCCAGAGUUUUGUUCAAGAGACAGCUCGCUAAUUGUUAAAGAAAUAUUUGGAGUUACAGAUGAGGAUGCAGACACCCUCCGGAUUCAUACACUUUCUGAAGUUGGUGAUGUUGAAUCACUUGAGAAGAUGGUUGAUGAUUCUGAUGCAGAAGAUCCCAAAGAUGGCUCUUUAUCUGCUCCUUGAUCUCAAAGUAACCUCCAAGCUUAAAAAAUUGGAGGGGGAGCGAUUUGGAGAAACAUAUGUUUUAUGUUUCUAGCAUGUAAUCUUCCUGGAAAGCAGCGGUAGCUAGCCAAAAGCAUCUUUUCGACAUUAAAUACUUUCAGCGUUGGUGUUUAAGAGGGAGAAGAAUUCAACAGGUGAGAGGUAGUAAUAGAGUGUUUUUCCAGUGCUGUUACGCCAAUAUGGUACUUGCAUGCCUCCUGUACAAGUAGUUUUGCUUAAAGGAAAAUGGGAACAAAGAAGCCACUUUAAUUAGAAGCACAGAUGAACUGUGGAGAAAUCUCUUCCUGUAUGGUUGCCUUUAUUUCUUUAAUUUUUUCGAUUAAAUCGGUUAGGUGCUUGAGAUCAGAACUGGUUACAGCAGCGCUCCAGCGCUCCUGGUGCAAGACUCCUUCGCAUAGAAUGAUUUAAUUGGCCUGCUGUUUGCAAACUUUUAUGAUUAUGUUUUUCCCAAAAUAAAUGAUGAUAUCCUCGAUUCUCUA